AUGAACGUCACCAACACCAGCACAGCGGCGACCGAAAAGAUGGGUCGAAUUCCGGAAAUGAAGCUGCUGGAAAAACUCCCUGCACAGCAUGUGCAGCCUCUCUGGAAGGCCAUGCGAGCCAUGGUCACGCCACAGCCAUCUCCUAAGGCAGAAGUCGCAGUCUGGAGAUACAAUGAGUUACGCCCUCUCUUGCUGGAAGCUGGCGAGGUGGUGAGCAGCGAAGAGGCCGAGCGACGCGUCCUCAUGCUCAUAAACCCUGCGCUGAAGGCACCCUUCACGACCGACUCCAUUUACGCCGGUCUUCAACUCAUCAAUCAGGGUGAAACUGCACCAGCCCACCGGCACCGGGCGUUCGCCCUGCGCUUCAUCAUCGAAGGCAGUCGUGGCUUCACCGCGGUUGAAGGAGAGAAGCUCUAUAUGGAGGCCGGGGACGUUAUUCUGACCCCUCAGUGGCAAUGGCAUGACCACGGGCACGAAGGGACUGGCCCCAUGAUCUGGCUGGACGGGUUGGAUUUGCCUCUAUACCAUCAGCUUCCGACCCACUUUGCGGAACCUUACGAAAAGGAGCGGUACCCUAGCAAGCCCGUAUCAAAUAGCCCUCUCCGCUUUCCCUGGGCGGAAAUGAAAGCAAGGCUCGACGCCGAGACCGAAGCCGCUCCUUGGGCACUGCAGCACUACAGGAGCCCCUCCAGCGCCUAUAUCUCAGGCACCUUGGGAGCACAUGCAGAGAAGGUGCAAGCGGGGCGACACUCGACUGCCAGGAGAGACACCUGUUCCUAUAUCUACCAUGUCCAUACGGGCUCCGGCAGAACCGAGAUCACGACGGCGAGUGGAGGCACCAAGACGGUGACUUGGGGACCUCAUGACACUUUCGCCGUGCCCGCCUGGAGUCGGAUAUUGCAUAAAGCAGAUGGAGUGCAAGACUGCUAUCUGUUUGUGCUCUCGGACAGGCCUUUGCUUGAGCGCCUCAAGAUGUACUCUAUUGGGGAAUAG